CACAAAAUUUGCCGUAGAGUUGCGCUGCGUUUGUGUUGUUAUUAAUUUUUUAGUUUUUCGGGCCAAAGUCAUGUACAAAAAUGCACUGAAAGGUGGUAUACGCACGGCCAAACAGGCUUGGAAGUUAAAAAACGAACUCGGCAAACUCCAGUUGGACUUAGCCAAAGCGAAUUCCGAUUUCGAGCAGCAUUUGUGCGAAGCUGGCAGAUAUAUCCAGAGUUGCUAUUUACCCGCCACCACCCAGAAACCUUUGUUGCUACUAAAAACGCCUGGCGAUAAUAAGAGCUCCUCCUCCUCCAAGCACGACUGCAAUAUCGUUGCUAACCAUUAUCUUCGGACCCCAGUUGUUAACCCACUGGUUCAGUUGCCCCCUAAGAGAGCAGCAGAUAAGACCACAAUUAACACCCAUUUCCGAGCAGAAAGUGGCCACCUCAACGCGCUAAUCUCAUCGAAGCAGUUCGUAAAGGUGCAGAAGCAAUUCUACAGGGAUUACUCUUGUGUGUCGCUUGGAGCACCUCUAAAAAGUAGUGACGCCCCAUUGCUGGGCGAUUUGUGCAGCCAGUAUCGUGCCAUUCUAGCCCACACUUCGGCGGACGUAGUUUCCGGUCAGGAUAUCCACCAUCCCGGGUGCAACUACCAGCAGACGCGGCGGGCACACCAACAGCAAUCGCAGCCACUGAGCAAGGAGCAGGAGCAACUGGAGCAGGAGCGCAAGAUGGCCCAGAAGGCGAAGUUCGAGAGGCUGCCCACCAAUGUGGUGCCGAAGCAUUACGAACUCCUGCUGCAACCGAAUCUCCAGGAGUUCACCUUUAACGGAAAGACCAUCGUGCAAGUCAAUGUCAAGGAGCCCACUACCCAAAUAACCCUGAAUGCCCUGGAUAUUGUAAUUGAUUCGGUGGAGCUUCACUAUGAGUGCAGCAAGCUGAAACCGGAGAAGAUCGUGUACUCCGCAGAGAAUGAGACGGCCACGCUGGAGUUUGCCCAGGAGAUACCGGCGGAGACUCAAGGUGUCCUGCACAUGUCCUUCACCGGCGAGCUGAACGACAAGAUGAAGGGCUUCUACAGAAGCAAGUACUUUGGACCCAAUGGCGAAGAGCGCUAUGCGGGAGUGACCCAAUUCGAGGCCACCGAUGCAAGGCGCUGCUUCCCCUGCUGGGACGAACCGGCCAUCAAGGCCACCUUCGACAUCACCCUGGUGGUGCCCAAGGAUCGCGUGGCCCUGUCCAACAUGCCGGUCGUCAAGGAGGACUCCCUGCCAGACGAUCUGCGACGCGUGCGCUUCGAUCGUACGCCCAUCAUGUCCACCUACCUGGUGGCCGUCGUAGUGGGCGAAUACGAUUAUGUGGAGGGCAAGUCCGAUGAUGGCGUGCUCGUCCGCGUUUUCACUCCCGUCGGCAAACGCGAACAGGGCACAUUUGCCCUGGAGGUGGCCACCAAAGUGCUGCCCUACUACAAGGACUACUUCAACAUCGCCUAUCCGCUGCCCAAAAUGGAUCUGAUCGCCAUCUCGGACUUCUCCGCCGGCGCCAUGGAGAACUGGGGUCUGGUCACUUACCGCGAGACUUUCGUUCUGGUGGAUCCCAAAAACACUUCGCUAAUGCGCAAGCAAUCGAUUGCUCUGACAGUGGGUCACGAGAUUGCCCACCAGUGGUUCGGCAACCUGGUGACCAUGGAAUGGUGGACCCACCUCUGGUUGAACGAGGGCUACGCCUCGUUUGUGGAGUUCCUGUGCGUGCACCACCUGUUUCCCGAGUACGACAUCUGGACGCAGUUCGUCACGGACAUGUACACGCGAGCUUUGGAGCUGGACUCCCUCAAAAAUUCGCAUCCCAUCGAAGUGCCCGUGGGUCAUCCGUCCGAAAUCGACGAGAUCUUCGACGAGAUUAGCUACAAUAAGGGUGCCUCGGUGAUUCGCAUGCUGCACGACUACAUUGGCGAAGAUGACUUCAGGAAGGGAAUGAAUCUGUACCUUACUCGUCAUCAGUACGGGAACACCUGUACCGAGGAUUUGUGGGCUGCCCUGCAGGAAGCUAGCUCUAAGAACGUGGGCGAUGUGAUGACCUCGUGGACACAGCACAAAGGCUUUCCGGUCGUCAGUGUGGAAUCUGAGCAGACGUCCAAAAACCAGCGUCUGCUGCGCCUGAAGCAGUGCAAAUUCACUGCCGAUGGAUCGCCGGCGGACGAGAACUGCCUGUGGGUGGUGCCCAUUUCGGUGUCUACCUCGAAGAACCCCACUGGCAUCGCGAAGACCUUCCUGCUGGACAAGCCCUCGAUGGAGGUGACCCUCGAGAAUGUAGAUGAAGGCGAUUGGAUCAAGAUAAACCCGGGAACAGUGGGCUAUUACCGCACCCGCUACUCAAAUAAAAUGCUUGAACAGCUAAUGCCCGCUGUGGAGAAGAUGGAGCUACCGCCUCUCGAUCGUCUGGGAUUAAUAGAUGAUAUGUUCGCCAUGGUGCAAGCGGGUCAUGCCAACACUGCCGAGGUCCUGGAUCUGGUGGAUUCGUACAGGAACGAGACGAACUACACCGUGUGGACUGCGAUCACCAAUUCGCUUACCAAUCUGCACAUUCUUAUCUCGCACACGGAUCUCAUGGAUGACUUUCAUCGCUUUGGUCGCAAUCUGUAUGAGCCGGUGGCCUAUCGCCUGGGCUGGGAGCCACACGAUGGCGAGAAUCACCUGGACACUUUGCUCAGGAGUCUGGUGCUCACACGCCUCGUAUCCUUCCGCAGUAUCGAAACCAUUGGGGAGGCGAAAAAUCGCUUCCGCAGCCAUGUGAGCGGCACGAAUCCGCUGCCGGCGGAUCUGCGCACCACUUGCUACAAAGCUGUCCUGCAGGAUGGCGACGAGCAGAUCUUCGAGGAGAUGCUUGACCUAUACAGGGCCACCGAUCUGCAUGAGGAGCAGGAUCGAAUCUCUCGAGCACUGGGCUGCUGCGGGGAUGUUAAGCUGUUGCGCCGCGUCAUUGACUUUGCCAUGUCUGGUGAAGUGAGGGCUCAGGAUGCUGUCUUUGUAAUUGUCGCCGUGGCUAUCAAUCCCAAGGGCCGUGAUAUGGCAUGGGAAUUCUUUAAGGAGAACAACAAACAGCUUUUGGAACGCUACCAGGGUGGCUUCCUUCUCUCCCGACUGAUCAAGUAUCUCAUCGAGAACUUUGCUACCGAGGAGCGGGCCAAGGAGGUGGAGGAGUUCUUCCAGGUCAACCAAAUACCCGGUUGCGAGCGCACUGUAUCCCAGGCGGUGGAGACGAUCCGCCUAAAUGCCGCCUGGCUGCAGCGGGAUCGCGAGCAGCUGGCCCUCUUCCUGAGGGACGAUGAAUAAACGUAACCACGCUGGCCAGCAUACCAAAGCAUUUAACAACAAUCACCAGCAGUGCUAGCACAGCAACAGCAACGCAGCAGCACCAUCAACAGCA